AUGGCCAGACCGCUGGACGAAGUGGUGGACUCUUUCCGCUUGUCGUUGCUGACCCUGGGCUUGGCCCUCGCAGCUUGUCUGCGGCAGGAUAGAUACUAUGCGACGCAGAUGUGGCGCCAGGGGCGUGGUUUCCUUUGGUUCCAGCAUCUGAGACGCGCUGGUGGGACCACUGCUUGCCACUUCCUGCAGCGUGCUGCCUCGCAUGCGCGCUUUGUCUGGGAGCGAAGCGAGGCUUGCCAACCCGAGGAGUGGAAGCUGCGCGAUGCCAAGGCGGUGGUCGGGCACAAUCUGUCUUUGAUCGCCAUUGAGCUGGACAUCAUGGGCGGCAACGCCUUUGCCCAGGAAUAUGGGGCCAUACCAGCCAACGAGCUCCUCCGGAGGCAGUUCCGGCCCUUGAUGCGAAACUGGGUCUUUGUGACUGCCAUGCGCGAUCCGUGGUCGAGAUUCUGGAGUCAGCUCAGGUACGAGAUGGCAACUUGCGUCUCCAACAUGAAAGCGCUGGCCGUGUGUAUGGCUGGCAACCACAACCUCCUAGGUUGGUGGUGGUCGCCCACUGCCCACAUUGAUAGUGUCUUGGGAGUUCCCGGAUACAGAAUCUCAGAGAGCCCUCACGUGUACGCAGACAACUACUACACACGAAUUCUGCUCAACCGCACAGACCUGUCCGGCCCGCAGCUGACAACAUGGGAGUACGAAUUGGCAAGAUCGCUACUGUUCGACCGCAUGUCUACUGUUAUUAUUACAGAGGACUUUGCGCGCUCUGCCUUGCAGCUUGCUUGCAGUUUGGGCCUGGAUCUGGAGACAGCUCGACCUUUGCUACGGACACGGGUGCGUCCAUACGAGCGCCACCAGGCCAUGUUGGAAAUUCCCACGGAAUCCGAUCUCGGGCCCAGUGAUGUUGAGGCUCUGCGACAGAGCUUCGUGAAGAAGAACAGCUUCGACUAUAGUCUCUACUCCCAUGCGAAGCGUAUCUCGAGAGCUCGCCUGGCACAAUGUGCCCGGAGAAAUGCUCUCGUAGCUGAGCUCAAAGAUGCUCCUGUCCUGCAAGAGGAGCUACCCGCUCCAGCCCCGAAAGCGCACCCGCUCCUGAGCGUGGAUGAGAUGUUUGGAUGCACCAACGGUUCGCUCAGGGAGCUGGAAGAUGGGAACUACAUGUUGAUCUGCCCCAGAAGCAUGGAGCAGAGCAGUCAGUCUUGGUGGUCGCCUCUUGGCACCCCAAAGCGGAAACUGGGGCAAAGAUUGCCAGGGGAUAGCUGCUGGAAGGAAGGCUUUCAUUGGGCUGCUUGCUGCGACCCUGGUUAUGGGCCAGGCGGAAAUGCCGCUUGUUGGGAUCAGCACCACAACUUUGCGAAGUGUUGUGCUGAAAGCUUGGGGCUGACUGACACACAGCUCAGAAAAAAGAGUGCGACCAGUCACAUCAUGCAUUGUGAGCACAUCUUGCCGAAGAGGAAAUCCCCAAGCACUACCGUACUGAAAGCUGCACCGGUCCUUUCUUCAUAG